AUGCCUCCCGGUGCACUACCGGGCUCUCUCAUUCACAACACCGAGCGAAGUAGGAGCCGCCAGCGCCUGGAACGAGGUCCAGCUAUUCCUUCCAUCGAUCUCUCCACGCUGGAGGGUCCUCCUUUCGAAGAUCCGAGAUCCAGUCACUCCAUGCAUACUCCAGGCAUCAGCCGCUUGAAUCAAUCGGCACAUGCAAGGCAGUCUGUCAACCUUCACACCCUUUAUAACAAGCCGUUACCCCCAAGACCCGCAUCGGCAGAUCCAGCAACCCCGAGGCGGGGGCUGUCCCCGGUGCGCGUCAACGUCAAUUUUCGCAGACGUGAUCACGAGGCUGGAUCCUCGCAGUCGCAGCACAGCACCCAGUUAGGUCGUGCACCUGUCCGUCAACGUCAACAGGGCUCUGGUCCUUCUGGUCCUGGUCCUUCUGGCCCUGUAUUGCGUGAGAUGACCGCGUCAGGUCCAGGCGGAUCCACUCAUCGCACAUCACCACCUUCGAUGGACACACAUCUUCAAGUUGUUGGACCACGGGGAGCAACGCGAACUCACAGUACGCCGCUCCCUUGGCAGGAACAUGGGCAGCUUUGGAUGCCCCAGCAACCGGCAUUGGUGAGAGACUCGUCCGCGCGGCUGACUCGCCCGCCGCAACUUGAGAUAUACACUGUCAGCGACUCGGAGGAGGAACGUUCUGUCCGAGAUUAUGAUCUAGUCUCCCCGCCCCCGCCGUAUGAGAGUCACGACUUUGAUUGUGAUCGUUGGGACCAGUCUCGGUUUGGCCCGCGGCUGCGAUAG